AUGGCAUCUCCUACCAAUGUCAAUCAUGCAAAUGAUAAUAAACUCGACACAAUGAUCUCCCCUUCUGUUGGGUCAUCUCCUACUUCUACACUUCCUAUACAUCCUCUUCCAAACAUUACUCCUAUCAUGUCAUAUGGUAGUGCCGAAACUGCAUACAAUGCCGAUCCAUAUUCCCUCACCGAUCUCAAGAAGGAAGAUAUAAGCAUUGCCACGCUUCGCACCCAACACCCUGGACAAAAACGAACACGAAAUGUCAAGAAGAUCAAGAGUUUUUACAAUAAGCAGAAUGCUUUAAUCGAUGCAUAUUUGGCGAGUAGUGAUGAAGAGGCUGCAGAGGUUGAAGAUGGAAUACAAAAUGGUGGAAAGAUCAAGUUCGCCAUUUAUGCUAGUUCUACUGUCAACUUUUUUCUGUUUAUCAUACAAGUAUAUGCCGCCGUGUCGACUGGAAGUUUGGCACUUUUCGCAACUGCCGCGGAUGCUUUUAUGGACUUGGUUAGUUCUAUUGUGAUGUUAAUCACUUCACGAAUAGCCGCCAAACCAAAUAUCACAAAGUUUCCGGUUGGUCGAAAGCGAGUCGAAACAGUUGGAAUCAUUCUCUUCUGCGCCCUUAUGACUACAGUCUCCGUCGAAUUGAUCAUCGAAUCUGCUCGAAGUUUGGCAGAUGGUCCAAAAGAGAACGAUACCCUCAAAGCCAUUCCUUUAGUUUGUGUCGGUGUUGCCAUCUUUUCCAAGGCUGUCUUAUUCGUAUACUGUUUUACCUUGAGGCGUUACCCAACUUGCGCCAUAUUCAUGUUGGAUCAUCGAAAUGAUAUUGUGGUCAACAGUUUCGGUUUGGUCAUGUCUAUCGUGGGUACCAAAUAUGCGAAAGUUUGGUUCCUGGAUCCGGCUGGUGCUAUUGCUAUUGCAUGCUUGAUUCUGUUUUCUUGGGCAUCAACUGCUUUCGAACAUAUGUGGCUGUUGGUCGGACAAAGUGCACCACAGGAGUUUCUGAAUAAACUUGUGUAUGUUGCAAUUACACAUGAUCCUAGGAUCUUGAAGAUCGAUACUGCGAGAGCAUAUUCCGCUGGGGAGAAAUAUUAUGUCGAAGUUGACAUUAUCAUGAAACAAGAGGAAACUUUAAAAGUUACCCAUGAUGUUUCUCAAACUUUGCAAAGAAAACUUGAGGGCUUGGCGGAUGUCGAAAGAGCUUUUGUGCAUGUUGAUUACGAUGAUUUACACGACAUCUUCGAGGAACAUAAACCACUCUAUGAGGUUCAAGAACCUAAAGCUCCUAUUUACGAAAGGGUGAGAGAAAGGUUCAAGAGACAACCCAUUGGAAGAGAAGUCGAUGAGGUCAUGAGUCCGACGUUUUGA